AUGACGCAGAUGCCAAUUUCUGUCAAGCGUGUGGGGUUCCCACUGCGCCCUUGGUGUCAGCUGUUCCCCGUGGCAGGGGUCCUGUGGAUGAGAAGGUUAUUCAAGAGCGUUUUCAAGAGUUUAGGUCUUCGUUUGAGCGUCGGCCCUAUCAACGUCAAAAGUCAGCCCUUGAGCAGCAGUUAUCUACGUUUCUCGCGUCAGUUUCCCCGCCUAAAACAAUUUCAUCUUGUACGGUAGACGACGUUAUUAAGUUUCUCAUUUAUAAAGAUUCGUCGGGGCGAACAGUGGUUCAUGUCCCCACAUGUUCCGGAGAGGCUUGCGCCUGCCCCCGCCGUUUAGCCGCUGGCACCGUUGACUCCCUGCUUGGAAAGCUCAAGUCCAUCUUUAAUAAACUUGGUCGCAUCGACCACACUAAUCCUAUCGCGCAUCCUCGCAUCAAGGAAUACUUGAACUUUGUUCGCGUCGAACAGGCGGGUAUGGCUAUUUCGCCUUCGCAAGCUGUGCCAUUGUUCUUUGUUAAGUUCCAGAAUUUAAUUGCUCAUUUACGGGGAAAAAUUGUUGAUAGUCAAUCAUUGUCUAGAAUUAGUCAGUAUAUUUUGGUUAGGGAUGCUACCUUUUUUGUAAUAGAUUUCUUUACGGGCGACAGGGCAUCGGAUUUGGGUCGCCUAUUAGCCAGCCAGGUUUUUAAAUUAAAAGAUCGUGAGGGUUACUUGUUGCGUUUUACCUUUUCUAAAACUUUGCGUAAAGACCCCCCUCGUUCUUUCGCCUUGGUUCCCUUUUGCAAAACAGACGUGUGCCCGGUUAAUUGGAUAACUUAUUAUCUCUCUGUGUGCGAUUUACUUAAGAUCCGCUUAGCUUCGGGUUUUUUCUUUCGGGCUUCUGACCGCAGUAGAGAUAUUAGUCCCAGGCCUUUCGUCGGCUCGGCUGUUAAUAACCGUCUUCGGGGGUAUCUCACCGAAGCUAAGCUUCAUGACGGCGAAACCCCUCAUAGUUUCCGGGUGGGUUUGUCUACUACUUUGAGAUUGCUAGGUUGUUCUCAACAGCAGGUUGCACAGUAUAUAGGUUGGAAGAGUGGGGAGAUGGCUCAACAUUAUUCCCGUUCGUCUGAUGCGGCGGCGUCUCUCACGAUCUUCGAGAAAGUCCUUCCUAGUGCUACUGGUUUGGUCACAGUGCCUGUGUCU